AUGAGUUAUGCAAGGGGCCUCUUGACUCCGGUGCUUGUUACAUUAGUUGGGGUCGGCACCGGCAUCGCAAUAUUUGACCCAGCAUUCAAGCAAGAGAAAGAGCAGAAAGAGCAGGAGCAAAUCGUCGAAUUCAAAGAACAGCACGACCCUUCGCCAGAAGAGCAGAUUCGCAAGACGGAGGAAGCUGUAGCAAAUGCUGGGGGAGCUACCACGGUACCCAAGGAUACGGAGAGGUGGUCUGAGGUUCAAACCGGUCAAUUCAGUAAGCCAGUGAAGACGUUCAAGUGGUCUGAGGUUCCGCUCGACCAAUACAGUACUCCAGGGAAGUCAUCAUGA